AUGUCGUCCUCUCCUCCACCGAAGCGGCGUUUUGUGCCGGAGCCUGUGGAAACCACAACAAAGUCUUCUCGAAGAUUUGUGCCGGAGCCCGUGGAAACAACAACCAAGUCGUCAAGACGAUUUGCGCCGGAGCCUGUGGAAACCACUGUCAAGUCGUCGCGUAAAUUUGCACCGGAGCCUGUGGAGACAACAACAAAGUCCUCUCGCAAAUUUGCCGCUGAGCCGAUUGAGACCACGACCAAAAGUUCACGGAGAUUUGCACCGGAGCCGGUUGAAACGACUGCUAGAAGCAGCAAAGAUAGGCUGCCACCUGCGGAUGAAGCCGCACCGCGGAGGCGGUUCGCUCCGCAGCCCGUCGAAACGACAGUGAGAAGUCACCGGGCCGGAGCUGAAAAUGGCGUAAACGGCGCUGAUGUGCGGAGCUCUGACACGAGCUCCUCCGAGAGCCAGGCUUCUCCGCAGAUCGACGGCCCCCCGCAAUCAGCAACGAAGCCUCGACGCAAGUUUGCGCCGCAGCUCAUUGAGACGGCCAAGCGCACCAGGAAAGCAGGGGAUGUUGGCCCUGUAGUGAAUGAGGGAGAUAGAACCGAAGCGACCCCUGGUAACGGCGCGCGCAGCCCGGGCAAGCGACAGCGCGUUCUGCGCGCGCCGGUCCCACCUUCAAACACCCCCUUGCCUACACCAAGCAGCCCCCUCUCACAAAUGCCCACCCUUCGCGAUGCCCGCCGUCUUGGAAUACCUACCCGCAGCGACUCUAUAAGCAGCAACCGUUCGCACUCCUUCAGGAUUCCUGACUUGGACACCAUAGAGUCUUCGGAGUCUGAAGAGGAAGGGACGCCAUCCUUGUCUACUACGCCAUCUGCUGAAUCGGACUCGGAGCAGUCAUAUCUGUAUUAUCAUGCCACACGGCGCAGAGAGAGUGUAGACGAGCGAUUCUCUGGCUAUCUACUGGAAAUUGCCGCCAAGGCAGCGGAGAAGCAGAUGAGAGAAGCGGCGAUGGCAGCCUUCCCCAACGACGAGCACCACGAGCCCGUUUCCCAUUUCCUUGGCGAGGAGGAAGACGAAUCGGCGGUUGAAACCAUGGAAGAUGUGAACGAGAGCCGCCGGGAGUCGUUCACAAAGGUGAACUGGGAGCUCGUAGCCAUGCAGAAGCAUGUGGAGGAGAAAGACAGUGGACAAGGUGAAGACCAGGGCGAGAAGGUGAAGAAAGCAGCCGAGCCCACAAAGAAGAACAUUUGGGGCGAGCCUCAAUGGGGAGCGAAGCCAACUAAGGGCACAGCGGGAAACACUGCGGCGAAGGGUGCAUGGGCAAAUCCGUUUGAAAGCCAACGCGGUCGUCCGGAUGAACAAGAGAUGAGGGGGAUGCAGCGAGGGGCAAGGCCACCGAUGCUUGGUGGCGAUAUUGUUUUCCCACGCUGCCCUUCACCGGAGCCCGCAAGGUUCGACGUUACGCAAGGUUCUGAGGCGCUCAAGAAUUCAAUGUGCUACCUAACGGAGCAGAGCAUGCCUAAUGAGCCUCAGGGAUUGUGGUGGCAUGAGAGGAAGAAAGAAGAACAGAAGCAGCAGGAGGAGCACAAACAGAAAGAAGAGCAUAAACUCGACGCUCCGAAGCCGACUGGAUUGUCUGCCAAGGAGGGCCGCCGAUCAAAGCCACCGACGCUACUGUGGUCAAACCAAGGGAGUCGCUCUUCCAGCCCGAUCGGUUUGUGGAACGGAUGCUGCCUUGGGCCCGGCUCGAGGGAGAGCACCAAGCAGGCGGGCAUGCUUACACCAGCGAUCGAAGUGGACAAUCCCUUUGACAGCCCGCCGCCAACUCCUGCAAGAGCGCCGCCAUCUCCGCCGCCGUCUAAUCCUGACAUGGCAAGCAUCGACGACAAGCUCGCUGCACAAAAGGCACUUGAAGACGAAUUUGACGACGCCUUUAUUACGCAGGUGUACAACUACCUGUCUCUCGGGUAUCCUUCGUUGGCGCGAAAGUUCGAUGAUGAACUGAGCAAGAUCAGCCGCAUCCCGGUCGAAGAACUGCGGCAGGACGAUGAACUCGCCCAGGCGAGAGGAUACAUUCGGCUCGGCGAGGACAACAACGCCAGAGAUGCAGGUAUCACCGAAGACACUUGUAUGCGCUGGCGGGCGUUGAGGACGUACAUUUUCGAGUGGGCGAAGCAGCAGCCACGCUUCCUUCAUGCGGGCUAUGCGCUCGGUGGGUUUGGCGUUGGGGCCCGGCGCGGCAGUUGGGCAUGGUAA